UGUCCUCUUUUAAGGCUUCCUCUCACCUCCUCACACACGGCUCUCGUUUGGAUUCUCAAUUCCGCGCCACGCCCAUGGCUCCCAGCCGGAAAGGACUGCAACUCACCUCCGUCUCUGGCGGCCGUCGCGAGGACGUGAUAUCGAUGAGAGAAGAUUCCGGCGAUCUUGAGGAUGUAAGGCUUCUCGAUUCGUACGAAGAUGAGGAGGAAGUGUUGGGAAGAAAAGAGAAAGACGGCAAGGGCAUGAGGAAGAUUCAGCUUAGGGUUACGGGAAUGACGUGUUCGGCGUGCAGCAGUUCUAUUGAGUCAGCGGUUGGCGGCGUCCCGGGAGUUGCUCGGGUAAACGUCUCAUUAUUACAGAACAAAGCCCAUGUGGUGUUCGAUCCUAAUCUUGUGAUGGAUGAAGACAUAAAAAAUGCUAUUGAGGAUGCAGGUUUCGAAGCUGAGGUUCUUCCAGAUUCUGAAUCAGCUCAUUUAAAGUCACAAAAGAUUCUAACAGGGCAAUUUAGGAUAGGUGGUAUGACCUGUGCAGCAUGUGUUAAUUCUGUUGAAGGUAUUUUAAGAAAGAUUCCUGGUGUGAAAAGGGCAGUGGUAGCUCUAGCAACUUCAUCAGGGGAAGUUGAGUAUGAUCCAUCGGUCAUUAGCAAAGACGAUAUUGUUAGUGCAGUGGAAGAUGCUGGAUUUGAAGCUGCAUUUCUGCAAAGCAGUGAACAUGAUAAAUGCUGUUUUUCAAUUGCUGGAUUACAUACUGAAAGUGAUGUUCAUCUUUUGCAAGGAAUACUUGAAAACAUAGAAGGAGUGAGGCAAUUUGAGAUAAACAAUAAUAUGUCAGAGUUUGAAGUAAUUUUUGAUCCUGAAGCUAUUGGUUUGAGAUCAAUAGUUGAUGCAGUCGACAGUGGGAGCAGUGGUCAGCUCAAAGCUACUGCCAGGAACCCUUGCAAUGGAGCAGCGCCCAAUGAUACCAAAGAGGCAUCAAAAUUGCUUCGGCUUUUCAUCUCUAGCUUGAUCCUCAGUGUUCCUAUUUUUCUCAUCAGAGCAAUAUCUCCGUAUAUACCGUUUAUCAAUUCCUUUCUACUCAUGCACUGUGGACCUUUUGUAAUUAAAGAUAUACUGAAGUGGGCAUUGGCUUCUAUAAUCCAGUUUGUUAUUGGCAAAAGAUUCUAUAUUGCAGCAUACAGAGCAUUGCGACAUGGUUCGACGAAUAUGGAUGUAUUGAUUGUGCUGGGAACUUCAGCUUCUUACAUCUAUUCAGUUUGGGCUGUAUUAUAUGGUGUGAGCACAGGUUUCAGGUCCCCAACAUAUUUUGAGACAAGUGCAAUGAUAAUUACUUUUGUGUUAUUUGGGAAGUAUUUGGAAGUUGUUGCAAAGGGCAGGACAUCUGAUGCUAUCAAGAAACUUGUGGAACUUUCUCCAUCUACUGCUAUUUUAUUAGAGAAAGAUGCAGAAGGAAGAUAUACCACUGAGAGAGAAAUUGAUGCUCUUCUUGUACAACCAGGAGAUGUUUUAAAAGUAUUUCCUGGUUCAAAAGUUCCAUCGGAUGGUCUGGUAGUCUGGGGUACAAGCUACAUUGAUGAAAGUAUGGUCACCGGUGAAUCAAAGCCAAUAGCAAAGCAAGUUUCUUCUCCAGUUAUUGGGGGUACUAUGAAUUUACAUGGAGCUCUUCACAUAAAAGCUACUCGAGUGGGUUCUAAUACAGUUUUGAGCCAGAUUAUUUCUUUGGUUGAGACAGCCCAAUUGUCUAAAGCUCCUAUCCAGCAAUUUGCUGACUAUGUUGCAAGCAUUUUUGUGCCUACCGUCGUUGUUAUGUCUUGUCUGACAUUCUUUGGCUGGUUCAUCUGCGGUUACUUCGGAGCAUACCCAACAACAUGGCUUUUAGAAGGUAGCAACUGUUUUGUUUUCUCCCUCAUGUUCUCCAUAGCAGUUGUAGUGAUUGCAUGCCCAUGUGCGCUGGGCUUAGCAACCCCAACUGCUGUCAUGGUAGCAACAGGCGUUGGAGCUGCCCAUGGAGUUCUCAUAAAAGGAGGUGAUGCUUUAGAGAGAGCACAAAAUGUCCGCUAUGUGAUAUUUGAUAAAACUGGGACGCUUACGCAAGGAAAAGCAACUGUCACAACUGCUAAAACUUUCACAGGAAUGAAUCUUGGAGAUUUUCUCACUCUGGUUGCAUCUGCGGAGGCUAGCAGCGAACACCCUAUUGCAAGGGCCAUCAUUGAUUAUGCUCGUCAUUAUCAUUUCUUUGGUAAGUUUCCAACAGCCAAAGAUGCUAUGAUAAUGAAAAAAGAUGACUUUCUCUCUGAGUGGCUUCUUGAACCCUUUGACUUCUCUGCUUUGCCGGGGAGAGGGGUUCUUUGCCUGAUAAAUGGGAAGCAAAUUAUGGUUGGUAACAGAAGCUUGUUGACUGAAAAUGGGCUUCCCAUUCCCUGUGAAGCUGAAAAUUUUCUGGUAGAAUUAGAAUCAAAUGGCAAGACAGGCAUAUUGGUGGCUUAUGACAGGAUUUUCACUGGUGUCUUGGGGGUUGCAGAUCCUUUGAAAAGAGAGGCAGCAGUUGUUGUUGAAGGCCUAAAGAGGAUGGGUGUGAAGCCUGUGAUGGUAACUGGGGAUAAUUGGAGGACAGCACGGGCUGUUGCGAAGGAGGUUGGUAUAGAAGAUGUCAGAGCAGAGGUAAUGCCUGCUGGGAAAGCCGAUGUUGUUCGAUCAUUCCAAAAAGACGGUAGCGUGGUUGCCAUGGUCGGAGAUGGCAUCAACGACUCCCCUGCUCUUGCAGUGGCCGAUGUUGGGAUGGCGAUUGGCACCGGCACGGACAUCGCCAUUGAGGCUGCUGAUUAUGUUCUGAUGAGGAACAACUUAGAGGAUGUGAUCACCGCCAUUGAUCUGUCGAGGAAAACUUUUGCAAGAAUUAGGUGGAACUACUUUUUUGCCAUGGCUUAUAAUGUGAUUGCAAUCCCGGUUGCUGCUGGUGUUCUCUUCCCCUUCACAAGGCUGAGUAUGCCUCCAUGGUUGGCGGGGGCUUGCAUGGCAUUCUCUUCUGUAAGUGUUGUAUGUUCUUCUCUUCUUCUAAGAAGGUAUAGGAAGCCCAGGCUAACGACAAUACUUGAAAUAACUGUUGAGUAAAUUAUCUUUUUUUAACCGUUUCCUGUGAUUUUUGUUUUAAUCGCUAUAUUUGAUGAAGGAAUGUAAUCUAGUGUAGGUUCUAUUUC